AGCAGGGGGAUACGGAGGAUGGGAUGGUGAUGUCAGAUGUCAUUAGCAUAUUUCUGACUAUAUCUAAUGCUUGCGCAAAGACGCGCCACUACUGCUGCAACGCACUGACCAGAGCGCACCCAGCCACCGCCACUUACGAUAACUGCAACAAUGUCUGACAAGCCCGACAUUUCGGAGGUGACCAGCUUCGACAAGACCAAGCUGAAGAAGACCGAGACGCAAGAGAAGAAUCCUCUGCCGACGAAAGAAACCAUUGAACAGGAGAAGGCAUCUUCAUGAAGCCCCUCCCUCCCAUCAUGCACUGUACACCCUCCUCCUCCUCCUCCUACUCCUCCUCCUCCUCCCGCAUUGCCUUGUUUUCAGUCACCUCUUUUAGCUGUAUAACUUUGUAACCGAAAUUAUGAAACGACGACAAUAACCAAGCUGCACAGCCUGUGGACGCAGGGAUGAUGCUUUCGCCAGGGUGGCUCGGCCCCGUCCCCUCGAACACCGUCACAUGGAGAUGAUGAGGAGGAUUUGUGUGAGGCGGAGGAGGGGAGCCGCUCUCUUCUUUCACACCUUUACACCGACGUGCAGAGGAGAGGGCCUGAGGGACGGGGCGUGGCCUGCGUCCCAGGAAGCACAUCACCGUCUCACGCACCAACACCCGACUUCCUGUGUGGCUGCUUCUGCGCCCCCAGCUGAGGCGUCAGGCUUUUUUUUGUUAUUAUUGUUUCUUCGUCUUCUAAUUUUUCGGAAAUGCACAACUUUGUUUGUACGCUGGCCAAAAUGUAAAGCCCCAAAAUUGAUACUGUUGUCUGUCACAAUGUUUUUUUUUUCUUUUGUAUGUACACGAGGAUAAAAAUGUAACGGAUUCCAUCUAGAUCUGGGAGAUGCUCAAACGGACCUUGUUUACGGUUUAAUUCUAAGGCCCCCCUUCCUCUUUCAUUGGAGUGAUUCGGGAUAGCUUCUGAAUUGCCUCAAAUGAAGAAAAGGAUAAAAAAUAUAUAAAUAUAUACACCGGAAAUUGAUUCCAUUUGUUUGCUUUCAACAGUAGAUCAAAGUUGUUUGGAGUUCCAGCAGUCAUGUUACUCUGCCACAAACCAUUACCAGAAUGGAAAACCGUGAAAUGUUGUAAUAAAAAAGAAUUUGUUACUAAA